CUCCCUCGCUCCGCCUCGCGCGCCGGGAUCCGUCUUCUGGCAUUUCCUGCAGCCGGGGCCGCGCCGCCAGCUGAGCCCCCGCGCGCCCGGCCCGUUCCCGGAGCUCCGAGGCUCUGCGCACGAAGCCCCCCAGCGCCCACGCCAUGAAGGAGGAGGCCUUCCUGCGCCGCCGCUUCUCCCUGUGCCCCCCGUCCUCCACCCCCCAGAAGGCGGAGCCCCGGAAGCUCAGCCGGAACCUGCUCUUCAGUGGCGAGAGUGAGCUGUACCCCCUCAGCCCAGGGAAGGACAUGGAGCCCGCUGGCCCAAUGCCGCCCAAGGAAGAAGGACCCCCAACCCCAGGCUCGGCCACCAAGGUGCCUCCGGCGGAGUACCGGCUCUGCAACGGCUCUGACAGAGAGUGUGUGUCCCCCACGGCCAAGGCCACCAAGAAGGAGACGCUCAAGGCACAGAAGGAGAACUACCGGCAGGAAAAGAAGCGCGCCACGCGUCAGCUGCUCAGCGCCCUGACGGACCCCAGCGUGGUCAUCAUGGCCGACAGCCUGAAGAUCCGCGGGACCCUGAAGAGCUGGACAAAACUGUGGUGCGUGCUGAAGCCGGGGGUGCUGCUCAUCUACAAGACGCCCAAGGUGGGCCAGUGGGUGGGCACCGUCCUGCUGCACUGCUGCGAGCUCAUCGAGCGCCCCUCCAAGAAGGACGGCUUCUGCUUCAAGCUCUUCCACCCCCUGGACCAGUCCGUCUGGGCCGUGAAGGGUCCCAAGGGCGAGAGUGUGGGCUCCAUCACGCAGCCCCUCCCCAGCAGCUACCUCAUCUUCAGGGCCGCCUCUGAGUCGGACGGCCGCUGCUGGCUGGACGCCCUGGAGCUGGCGCUGCGCUGCUCCAGCCUCCUGCGGCUCGGCGCCUGCAAGCAGGGCCGCGACGGGGAGCCCGGGUCCUCGCCGGACGCGUCGCCCUCGGCGCUCUACGGGCCGCCCGCCUCGGCCGCCAUCCGCGGGGACCAGGACCUGUUCCCACUCAACGGGUCCUCGCUGGAGAACGACGCGUUUUCAGACAAGUCGGAGAAAGAGAACGCGGAGGAGUCGGACGCGGAGGCCCCGGAGCGGGGCGGGAGGCCCGGCGGGAGCGGCAGCGAGGGGCCGGGGGCUGCGGGCUCGCGGAGGGGGACCACGUACGUGGGGCAGGCCCACGAGGAGCUGGGGGAGCAGGGCGAGCGCUCGCAGGUGGAGGCCGUGUCGGAGGAGAACAGGGGCCUGAUCUGGGUGCUGCUGAGGCAGCUGCGGCCGGGCAUGGACCUGUCCCGCGUGGUGCUGCCCACCGCCGUCCUGGAGCCCCGCUCCUUCCUCAGCAAGCUCUCGGACCACUGCUACCACGCCGACCUGCUCUCCCGGGCUGCGCUGGAGGAGGACGCCUACGGCCGCAUGAAGCACGUCCUGCGCUGGUAUCUGUCCGGCUUCUACAAGAAGCCCCAGGGGAUCAAGAAGCCCUACAACCCCAUCCUCGGGGAGACCUUCCGCUGCUGCUGGUUCCACCCCCAGACAAACAGCCACACCUUCUACAUCGCAGAGCAGGUCUCCCAUCACCCGCCGGUGUCCGCCUUCCAUGUCAGCAACCGCAAGGACGGCUUCUGCAUCAGCGGCAGCAUCACGGCCAAGUCCAGGUUCUAUGGGAACUCGCUGUCAGCGCUGCUGGAUGGCAAAGCCACACUGAGCUUCCUGAGCCGGGCCGAGGACUACACCAUCACCAUGCCCUACGCCCACUGCAAAGGGAUCCUGUACGGCACCAUGACGAUGGAGCUGGGCGGUAAAGUGACUGUUGAGUGUGAGAAGAACAGGCUGCACGCCGAGCUGGAGUUCAAGCUCAAGCCUUUCUUCGCGGGCAGCAUGAGCAUCAACCAAAUCUCAGGAAAGAUUGCGUCGGGGGAGGAAGUGCUGGCGAGCCUCGUGGGGCACUGGGACAGAGAAGUGUUCAUCAAGGAUGAAGGCAGCGGAAGCACUGAGCUCUUCUGGAACCCAACGGGGGAAACCUGCAGGCAGAGGCUGAAGCGAUACACGGUGCUUUUGGAGGAGCAGACAGAGCUGGAGUCCGAGAGGCUGCCAGAAGGUGGGCAGCCCAGGCCCUGCUCAGAGUGGGCCCGCUGCCCUGCAGGCUCUGGCAGCAUGUCACCAGGGCCAUCGGCGCGGGCGACCAGCACAGGGCCACGCAGGAGAAGUUUGCACUGGAGGAGGCACAGAGGCAGCGGGCCCGCGAGCACCUGCACGGCCCAGCACCCUGGAAGCCGCAGCUGUUCCACCUGGACCCGGCCACCCGAGAGUGGCGCUACCGAUACGAGAAUUAUAGCCCCUGGGAUCCCGCAAGGGACGUCGCUCAGUAUGAGCAGGACGGGAUCCUGCACACCCUCCGUGGGGAGCCCGUGGCUGGCCAGACUGCCUUCCUGCAUGGCUCGGGGCCCGGACACAAGGGCCCAGAGCGCCGGCUCCGCAAGGCCAGCGACCAGCCCUCGGGCCACAGCCAGGCCACUGAGAGCAGCGGCUCCACACCUGAGUCCUGCCCUGAGCUCUCAGACGAGGACGACGACCUCCUGCCAGGCAGGGGCAGCCCGUGUCCUCGCUGCAGGAAGGAGGCGCGGCGGCUGCAGGUGCUGCACGAGGCUGUGCUGUCCAUUCGGGAGGCCCAGCAGGAGCUGCACAGGCACCUGUCGGCCACGCUGAGCUCCGCGGCGCGCCCCGGGCGGGCGCCGGUCCCCGGCCUCCUGCGGAGCCCCCGCGCCUGGUUCCUGCUCUGCGUGCUCCUGGCGGGCCAGCUCCUCGCCAACUCCCUCCUCAAAUGAGGGGCCCUCGGGCGGCGGCAUCGCCUGCGGAGCCCCGGCGGCCCCGGCCCCUGUCCGAGGGACCCAGCACUUUCAGCCGGCCCCGCGGAGGCGGCGUGGACCCGGGCGGCAGAGGGGCGCCGCGGGGACCGGGGGUGCUGGGCCCCUCUUGGGGAGGCCCCGCCUCGCCUGCAAGGCCCCCGUCCUGCCCAGCCUUAAUGCUCAAGCCAAAUGCAGCUCCGAUUGUGCACUGCGCCCUGGUUGUCUCCCCCGUCACCUCCAGGGACCCCACUUGCCCAGCAGGGGCGUCGGACGCCGGGGGUGCCAGGGCCUGCCCGGGCUGGGGACGGCCGCCCGCGGCGGGACAGGGGCGCCUCGAGGAGCAAGCAGGGGGCCCGCAGCCAGCGCGGGGGUCCGCGGGGCUCAGCCGUCCCUUCCCGCGACGCCGCCCUCGGAGGCAGGGCUCCCCGUGGGGGUGUCUCGGGUGGGCGCAGGCGCGGCCCCCGCUGCUCUGGGCGGAUGUUUUGGUUUCCAUUCAGCCCUUGUGCUGUAUGGCCCAGAGCACAGGACUCACCUGCCCCAGAGGCACCUGCACGCACAGGUAUGAGCAGGUGUGAGCUUGCCUGGCAGGCGGCAGCCCACAGGUGAGAUGGCUGAACUGGGAGGGGCCGGGAGGGAUCAAGGUGGGCACUUGCUCUGACGCUCACAGUCUUCCUUAUUCACACUUUUUCAGUAAAGGUAAUUGCAAUAUUUUUGGCCUCUGUGAACAGCGGUGGCCUCUGGCUUCUGGCCUGGGACCUGUGACAGGUGCCCUGUGUGUGCGUGUGUGUGCCGGCAUCAGCCCAUGUGUGUACAGACACACCCAGCCUUAAACCACCCUGUGGCGGUGUCACCUAGCUAACUGGCCACUUCAUUUUCCGAUUUUUGUAUCUAUGUUCUUGUCCUCCCCACCCCCUGCAUCAGGGACGUGCUCGUGCGCCAUCCACCGAAAUAAACAGACACACACAC